UUGAUUUCGCGUGUAAAGUAUACACGACAAGAAAUUCCUCGUAUAGCUAAAACGAUAACGUUCUGCUAUUAAUAAGUCGGUAUUGACGAUCGUCGAAGCUUAUCGGGUAAUAUACGUACAUUUUUGCACAUGUCGCAGAAACCUUUUCACGAGAUAGGAACUUGUUCCAACCGCGUGCGGCAUUUUCGUUCGUUCGGAUCGGAUCGGAUGUGCGAUCUUUCGGUAAACUUCGAUCGACUUUGCUUUCUUGAUUGAGAAAGGAAAGAGCGAUUUCGAGCAUACGUGUCGAAAUAUCUCUACGCUCACACUGCGAAUUUGUGUGGGUUUCGUACACGUAGUUGACGAAAGUGUUUGUGUGUAUUGUUCGCGUCUAUCGUAACACGAAAUAUAUUGUCGUAAAUAUGCAACGCGAAUAUGCAUUUUUCACACAUGACUGAGACUGAGAUAUUAUAAAAACGAAAGUGCGAAAGAUAACGGGAGCAUUUUUUUUUUCUUUUUUUGAAUCGUAUAAAAGAUACAUUCCCAAAUAAAUGAAAUCAACGAACGUUGCAUUCCAAUUUCUAUCGCCUCUAUAGAAACGCUGCAAUGCUAAUCCAGAACAGUUAAAGACGCAGAAAAAUAAAACUUGGCCGCGAAGCCUCGAAUCGUAAAAUCAGAUCGGAUCGCAGUGAAACGUUUCGCCCGUAAAAAUGCGAAGAAACAGAUCCCUCGUUUCUAAAAAAAAGAAAAAAAUAAUUUCACGGAAACGAUGAAUUUUUAACAUCGAUACGAAGAAACUGGCUGACCUUUGGGUGCCGUUCUCUCAACGUUGAUCUCUCGUUGAAAACUGAAUCGAUUCGAGAUGAAAACACGAGAAUAAAAUGUCGACCAGCCAUCGUGAUAAAGAAACUACUGUUGAACCGAAACAGUAGAGAAUUGAGAAUUUUAAAAAACAAGGAAUAAAACGUAGAAUUUGGAGAGAAUUGUAGGUGGAUUUGCAAUACGUACACGCAGUAUAUACACGGAUGAUAUAUUUAUCGAAUGGUAUCUGAGGAACGGUGACCGUUUGAGUUUGUUCCGUUGGCUGCACAUCGAGACGCGCGAUCCCUCGUUCAGUAAGCAUCCAGCAUCUCUCCGCGUACCAUGUGCUGCUUCCUCUUGCUCGUUUAUCUCGUCUUAUCGGUCACCGCUCGAGACGUCAGCGCGGAGGAAGUGGACUGCCAAGUUUAUAAUCAUCUUUACGUGUGCCUGGGGAACAGCGUGCUGCACAGCGUCGCGUUCGAGGAUGUGAACGCGGUGCAAACGAUCGAGGAUAUAGAGCUGCACCUCGAGGGCCUCGGGAUCCAGGAUAUCGCCAAGGACGCAUUCCUCGAAGUCACCAACUCGUCCGCCCUCUACAUCCGCGACAAUCAAUUGUCCAAGAUUUUUAAACACUACUUCGCCGAUUUGGACCAACUGACGUAUCUCGAUUUGAAGAACAACAGCAUAAGGGACAUCGAGGACGGCUCGUUCGCCAACUUGGACAGUUUGGAGACGUUGAUACUCGAUCACAAUAACAUGAUCGCUUUCCGCCCCGGUAUGUGGAAAGGUCUGGUUGAUCUCCACGAGUUGUACGCGACGAACAACAAAAUCGCGUUGAGGAGGAACAUGUUCAAAGGUCUGAGACACUUGGAGACUUUGGCGUUGGAUUGCAACGAGAUCAACGAGAUACCGAUCGGCGCGUUCAACGGGCUGCCCCAUAUCGAUCUUCUUUAUCUGUCGAGAAAUAAAAUCUCGUCCCUGCAGUUGGAGGUGUUUCGCGGGUUGAGCGAGAUCAACGAAUUGGAUCUGGGGCGAAAUUCGUUGAGGAGCGUGUCGGGCGGAGUAUUUCGUUAUCUGAGGAAUCUAAAUUCAUUGUGGCUGAACGGGAAUCAGAUCGUCAUGAUUAAGGCGGACACUUUCGAGGGGUUGGACAAUCUGUUGCUCCUGUUCUUGAACAGCAACAACCUCCGUUUCGUGGACAUGUCCGCUUUCGCCAGGAUGAAGAAUGUUACCGUCGAUCCCGGCUUCAAGAUAGCCGGCAGGACGAUGGACAAUGUUUCAAACGUGCAAGGACGAUUUCGUUGUAACAACGUCGCGUAUCAGUUGCCGUACGAGUGCACGGAGAUUGGGCCUCAGGUUCAAUGAUGCAUAAAUUACCCGGAGAGUGUUCAAGGGAUAUCGACAGGACGAAACUCCCCAACCCCAUCCUUGUUACAGAAGCACGGCGAUGGAUUAUGGAUGGUACGCGCCGACGAUUCACACCGUGCCAACCUCU